UAUCGUUACUUUACCUGUCCAAUCUUCUGGUCUACAUAGCAUGUCACAUGCUCACCACGUCGGUAUCAUUGGUGAAUCUAUUGUGCUUUUCAGUCAUUGGACAUGUUAUUGUGUGGACGAUAUCAUGUGUAUUCGAGAUUUUGGUGCGAAAUAUUCGACCUAAAUGGGCCUUUUCUGAGAAGAGGCAAGAUCUUUCAAGCCUGGUAAGGUCCCUUUAUCCCGAUUGCAACUGUGAUCAGUGUCAAAAGUCAGGCGUCAUUCACAUCCCUGAAUGUCCACUGUGGACUGGAAAUGUCGAAGACAAAAAACCAGUGUCUACCCUCCUGACGCAGAUUGUUCAGCCCGAGGACUUUGUGUCUCCAUCAGUUCUUCAAGUUGGCUAUGUCAAAUCUUUCCAUAAGGAUAGUGGAAAAUCUCUUCAUAGGUUGAGUAAAAUACAGCAUACAGAUAGCAAUUCAUCCAACGUGUGCACUAAUCUGUUGAAUUCUAUCGUCGAUCCGGACCGAGGAAAGCCUUAUCUUGAACAGCUUAUCGGAGAAAUUGCUGACUGGGAAGAGCUUCUAUCUCGAUUUGGUACAAAGCAACCUCUUGAUAUUUUAGCUGACAGUGGUUUAGGCGAGAGAAAGGAUGUCUCCCUCUACACGUCCGAGUUUAUUGACGAGCUGGAUUCACCAACAGACCAGAGGAACAUGGACAGUGAUGUUCUACUUCUGAAGCAGGUGAACCAAAACAUAGAUGGCGCCUUCAGUAAGCUGUGUGAAGAAAUUGAAGAGUUUGAUAAAAUGCUUUCGGGGCAUGAAGUUAAAAUACCUUCAAACUCCUCUCUGUUUCAAGUUGAUCGAGAAAAUGCAAAGAUGUCAGAAAUUAGAAAAAAAAAGGAAGACACGAUCGGAACUAAGUUUAGAGAAACAGCUACAGUAAUUACCACUCUGAAAUCAGGAGCGUCGGAUGAUCUUUCAGUGUUGAAAACUAUCACAGACUUGCAUAAUCCCGAACCUUUACACUCUAUAAUGAGCGAUAUUCGAAAAGUUGACCAAUUGCUCAAGCAAAGUAAUGGCUUCCCAGAUAAUGAUGAAUGUAAGGAUGCAGUGGAAUCGACAGCAGGAGCUACCAAUUUUAUCCAGGAAGCUUAUGAAAAUACAGGAAAGACAAGAUGUUCGUCGUCCACUUACCGUGGGAAGAUAAAAGACAACGAAACGAAAAGAAAACCGCCGAAGAAUAUCUAUGCAAGUACAUCUAAGCACUCCAUAUCCAGGUACCUCCUUACACCUGAUUACCAGAAUUUUCAAGACUUUCCCUCUCUUGAGGAUUUUGAAAGAGCAUUUUUAUCUGAGGCUGAUGUACAUGUAAUACAACAACCCACGAACGGAAAGAACUUCGAACCCAAAGGUUUUAAAAGUCAAAGUAGUAAAACAACUGAUGAUGAAGUGAAGGUACAGGCUAUUGGCGUUGGAAAAAAAUAUGGGAAACAACCUGAAAGCCAGGAGACAGUGGCAUCAGAACCCGAUGAAAAUGACAUAGAAGGUUUAGAUGAGUUCACAGAUGAAUUAGUGGAACCUGACGCGAGCGUAGACUCGCUCCUUGGAGGCACAUCAUCAGUAUCAAAGUAUAGGACUCGUCUUAACAAUAUACUGGACGGGAAAACCGAGGUUGGGAGAAAUUGUAGGGAACAGAUGGACUGCAAUGACAUGCUAGAAUCGGACGAUGAUAUAACUGACCUGAAAGUUGCAGACAAUUUUCUCAUUAAUAGGGCACUUGACACAAGUGCCUCCAAGUUCUCCAUAUCUGGGUACGUCCUUGCACCCGAUUACCAGAAUUUUCAAGACUUUUCCUCACAAGAAUCCGAAGAGAAUAUCGAAAAGACUGAUGCAAGACAACAACCCACAAAGGGAAAAAUCAUCCGGUCAAAGGGCAAUAAGGGUCAAAGUAGAAAAACAGAUGGAUAUGAAAUGGAAGUACAAGUUGUUGGUCUUGGGAGAAAAUACAGAAAACAGGAGAAGAGUCAGGAGAAAAAAGAAUCAAAACCAGAUAAAAAUAGCCUGGAUAUUACAGAAGAUAUCCUCAUAGAUGAGCCACUGGAAUCUGGCGUCAGCACCGACUCCCUUCUUGAAGGCACUACAACUGCCUCAAAGUAUAGGACUCGUUUUCUCAAAAUACUGGGUGAGGAAAUUGUCAACGGAAAAGACAUGAAGUCCCCGGAUGGCCAAAAAAUAUAUAUAUCUCAAGGUUUCACAAAGAGCAAUAUUUUAAGUGGAACAAAGGCAAAACAAAAGAAGAAAAAGAAAGUUUACGGGAAAAAGAUGAAGUCGAUAUCUCCAAAAUGUCAAAAACGGCAAAUAACUCCAGAUUCGGCAAGAACCAAGAAUUACCAAACUUACUCUAAAGGUACAAAAUCAGGAGGACAGUCUGAGGAUGAAACACUACACCAGCUAGGGCCUAAGGACAGCAGUGAAGAAGAAUUAGAUGGACUUGGCAAAGGGAAGAAAACACAAAGGUGUAAAAUGGAGCAAGGAAAAAACAAAGUCGGAAACGAGGAAUGGGAAGGAGGUAAAGGUCAGAUGAAACAUACUAUAAAAUCACAACUUUCCGAUGACAAUUUGAACAAAACGAUCCACUUUCAAACUAACAAAGCCUUAGACUACCAGUGGAAUGAUAACAUUCACGGCAACUCACGACGGCAGAAUAAUAAAGAUUACAACCCAGAACUGGGCGAUAUCUGUGAAGAACUUGAAGGGUUUCUGAAGCAAACACCCCCGAAACACAAAGAGGGUAAAGGGAGGGAAUCAGGACAGAAAAUGUAUAAAGCAGAUGACGAUAUAGAUGAUUCUAGAUCGGGCAUAACUAAUGAUACACUCUCAUCAGAUUUUGGCUACAAGAAGAACAUUAAGAGAGACAAGGGCCCAGGUGAAGACUUUUCGGUUGAUUUAGGGAAAAAACAAAAAACCGGCUUACAAACAAUAUGUGAAAUGAAAGAACCGCAUGGUAUGAACAGAGCGCAUAGCAAGGCUACAGGUAGAAAGAGCAUGGAUGUGUCCAAGACAGUUAAAUAUGACAAGAGUUUUAUCAGACGAUCUACCGAAUACUUUCUGACAGACGAAGUCACAGAUGAUGUUGAAGAUGAUUUUCUAGGUGAAGGUCCUAGUAAUCAGGCAUGGGAAACAAACGAUGAUCUGCCGAAUAAUGAAGCAGUAACAGAUUCGGCACAAAGGCUGAAGGGACUAAACAAACCGGCUAGUUUAAAUUCUGAUAUUUAUUCGGAGAGCAGUCUGCAGUUUGGUGGAGAAUCAUUAGGAAGGUUUAGGAUUGGGGAAAGAGAUAGUGGUACAGAGAGAAGCCCGUUAUCCCAUGGUGAGGAUCAACACGCACUUCAUAAAUCCGAGGAAGUAGAAUCUUCAGACACAUAUAACGAAUAUCCACUUGUCAGUAGAAAAUCGAACACAAGGUAUUAUCUUUACGAGGGUUGCACAAAGUUUGACGAAAACAUAUACGACGAAUUUGAGGCAACCUGUCAAAGGGAAGCCUCAAAGGCACUCAAGCAGUUCGGAGGAAGAAAAGUAAUGAAGAGAGUUAGUGUAACUGAAGAUAGGAAAAUUCCGAAAUUGCAAGAUGGUCUCAGGAAAACUGGAAAAAGAGAUCAGUUUAGUGAAACCGUUCCAUCUGAAGAGGCAAAGAUAAUGGAUAGCAAUGCAAGUGAUGAAGACGACGAUACGGAAUAUAGCUCUGAUAAAGAGGAAAGAACAUCUAGGAAAAUAGAAACAAGACGAUCGGACAUACUAAAAAACGUGUGUCGAACUGGUAAAAGGAGGUCAACAUAUUUACUUGUUGAUGAUUACACAGACAUGGGAGAACUUUCGUUUGACGAUUUUGAUGAGACACAUAAAAAGACAGAAAUGCAUGAUUCUAACAUAUGUGAAGAGACCCCUAUUCAUAGCGUGUCAGAUGCUUUUUCCGAUGAAAUUCCAGCAAAGAAACUUAAAGGUAGAGUGCGGAGGGUACAAAACACUGCACAAAGGAAAUCAACAUACAUGCUUGUCACGGACAAUGCCUCUGGAAAAAGGAAGAGAGAUUGGAAAAAUAAGACAAGCAUGAAAGCAACUGCUAAAUCUAAGAAAGUAGACAAAGAAAGCAAAAUGUAUUUUAAAACGACUUGCCGUGAUAAUAUUAGAGAAAAUGAAAACUCCGCCACUUUAUUGAAAGAGAUAAGUGUGGCUGAUGAUCCAAGUUCUCGACUGAGCAAACUGAGUCAAGAUAUUGCAGAAUUUGAUAAUGCUCUCCAUCUAGCGGGGGCUAAGUCAAGCUUCGUGGUCCAGAGGCUGAUAUCAAGCACCAGUGAUAUGCAGACAAAAGUUUUAGGACUCAGUGAUGAACGAAGUCAAAAUGGGGUAAUAUCUUCAAGGUUUCAGUCAAAGGAAAGCACUGUUGAAAAGCCAGAGCCUUCUCCAGUUAAUGAUUUGACUAGAUGUGAUGUGGAUGUUUUGAUGUCAAUAGUUAAGCGACAAAAUGACGGAGAAACAAUGAGUGCGAUACUCCAUGAUAUUCAUGAGUUCGACACCGCACUCAAGCUUGCCGGCGCUGAAAACAGCCCCGUCAUCAAAGACUUACUGUCAAGUGCUUCUUUUCAUAGAACUGCUUCGGCAAACUUAUCUGAUCCGUUAAGUCCUUUCGCUGAGAAAUGCAAGGUGGACCAACAGGGUGUAGAAGCUCAUAGAAGCGCAAAUGCAGGCUCCAAAACAAAACACUUUUACCAAAAAAGUGAGGAAUUGGGCGAUUUAUCUCCGAACGCUGACGAGGGAUUAGGUGUUAACAAAACUGCUUCCAGGCCACAUGACAAACAAAAAGUCCUUGAUCUUAUGAAGUUAAUUGUGGAAGGAAAUAAAAACCCAGACUUGCUUCAAAAUAUUUUGAGAGACAUCCAAGCUCUUGAUGAUUUACUGUCAAAAUCAGGCGUCGCAGAAAGCUCUGUAAUGCAGACGCUGAUGAAGGACAGCGCAUUGUAUGACGAUAAAGAUUGGAGUGAAGCAGACGUCUCUGCCGCAUAUCUACUUGCAUCCAAAAGUCCACGUUCUGCAAAAAGUAGCAAAUCAAUUAAAUUAACCUCGCCUUUACCCGAAAGUAAACUUGCAGGAAUUGAAAAUACUGAAGAUUGUAAUUUAAUAAGGGACAUAUUAGGCCCAAAAACGACUUCCGAAUCGCUGGAGGGUAUUCUUAAGGAUAUUCAAGACUUUGAUAUUAUGCUGUAUGAAAGAGGUUUCGGACGGAUAUCUCGUAAACAAAAAAUAUGCUAUGCAGUAAGGGGUGAUAAAGUCAACAAAUUAAACACAGUAUCCAAACCUGAAGAACAACUUGAAAAUAAAACUGAAAGCCCUAAACUAUCCACCUUCCAAGGCUCAAGUUUUUCUCCGGCAGGGGUGGAAUCAUUCAAUAAGGGAGAGGAAGUAGGAUCUGAGGACAACGGACAUGCCGUGCGAAUGUUAAAAUCAAUUAUCACAGACCGAAGGAAAGGACCUUUUCAAGAAAUUUUACGGGAUAUAAUGGAUUUUGACAGUAAUCUCAGUAAAUCUGACUUAGGAAGUAACCCUUGUGUUCAUAAGUUGCUUGAUGUUGACAGGGUCGCAGUUUGGGAACAAGGUAAAGAUAAAGAUGAUCUUAUACGUCACUAUUCCAGUCAGGAAUGGAAUGGCACAACUCCUAAAACAUACCGUGAGCGUAAAGAGACUAAAGUGACAAAGAAAAAGAAAACUUCUACCCCAGUAAAGUUCUCAGCUACCAACACAUAUUCAAAAGCUGGAAAAGGACAGAACCUGAAGGACUUCAAGAAAAGAACGAAAGAAGAGGGAAGCACGACCGAUUAUCCGGAGACUGGAAGUGAUCAUGGUAGUGAAAUUUCUACCAGGUCAAGUAAAGUACAACCUACAGGAACUGAGGCCAGCACGGGUAGUGAAUCAUCUGUUUCUGGGUCUUAUGAUGUGACUGGCAAACGAGAUUAUCUGAUGAAAAAGAUAUUACGUACACUACAUGGUUUCCAUAUCCUAGUUUCUUCUCUAAAUGACAUAGACUAUGAUCAGUUGGACAUGUUGAUUGACCUUCUUAGAAAAGGAGAGAACAAGGUCAAUACUGAUCUUUCUACAGAAAUUGUUGAAAUAUUGGACAGAACCCAAGAACAUUCUGAAAACAGACGAUCUUUCUUAAAAACCUUCGCUGGAGUAAGCGACCAAAUUGCUAUGGAGUCUUCAACACAAGAAAUGUCGUCAGGGAUUCUUAGUAAAUCUACUUCAUCAGUGGAAACGACGGAUAAGUCAUGUGAAGCUGUGACGAGUCGUGAUUACCUGAGCGAUGAUUCCCAACAAACAAGACCAAAACAUACACGACAGCGAUCAGCACAGAAGCCGACUAACGUUAAAAGUCGAUACGUCAAAUCUCCUCAAAGGAAGGCGAGGCUUCAGUCUGUGCAUAACGCUGGAAACAACAUAAGCAACGAGAACACGGAUAACCAGUCACUUCAGGAUAAGACAAGACACGCAGAGAAACUUACUGAUUUGGAUAAUUUCCAGCUGAACGGUCAAGAAUCAACUGAAACGUUGAAACCAGUCAUUAACUCCAGUUUAGAAAACCAAAGACAACUGAUCCGAGUUAGUUCGCAAGUCAAUCUAUCCGUGGCUUCUGUAGGCCCACAAGUCGAUGGAAACGCUGUCGCUUCAACCAGUAAUCAUAAACCCCAAGUGUGUUAUUGUAUUAUUGAAGUAUUAGCCAAAGUGUUGGUUGAAAACACCAUUGGCUUUGCUACGCAAGACUUGAACCAUGAAUUUGAAUCAAUAAUCAGUGUUUUCCACAGAUACCUGGUGAUUGCAUCUACCAUGAGUUUGCUUAGGAAAUGGCGAAUCCCGGCUGAUAUAAACCUUCUUAAUGAAGUUUUGCAAGAAGUGUUUUGGCAUUUAGAUUCUCAGGGGUUUGGGCGUAUGAACCAUCCAGAUCUUUAUCUUUCAAAAGCCUUACUUCUUCAGCGUAUGUCACAAAAAUCUAAACAGCGAUAUACACUGACUCUGUUUCCUAAUAACCAAGCGGAUGGGAAUUCCAUACUUAAGCUUGAAGAUAUCAUUCAUUUUGAAAAUAGCCUGGCCCGUGCUUUAAGAAAGAAAGCAAAAGAGUGUGUAAAGACUGGGUUAAAAGUGUGCUUGAAAAACAUCGACAGUCACGUGGUAUACAGUAAGUCCUUCCGAAAACCGAACUCUUACCUGAUCUCAGUAUUUCUCGUCUACAUAGACUCAUUGACAGACAAGACCAAAUCCUUUCCAAUGGAAGUCUUCUCUGAGCUGUCUAAGAGUUGGACUCCCAGGAAGAAGCCUUUGUCACCAAAUUUUGUGAACUCAAGUGAUCGCUCAGUUUCAGGUCGAGAUUCCAACUGGGCCAAAAGGACUGCUGGCAAAGGCAUGGCAUCUAAGUCUGUGAAGGAAACGCCAGCAACUCAGACGACAAAAGUAGGCGAUUCAAGUUCUUCCAAGCAUGUGAAGUUUUCGCCAAACCUUUCAGUCGCACCAUCCGUGCAUUCACAUCCUACAGGUAGCAAAGAGAUAGAGAUGGGCAAAAUAGCCAUGGGAAAAGGAGAUGGUGUGGAUUCACUGACAACAGAUUUUAAACUGUUGAACAAGUAUGUACUACACGUUAUCCGAGAUGAACAAAAUCGCCAAGAACUAGAGGUCUCGAAUUACUGCCUAUCUAACAAGGACAAGCUGGACAAUUUUUUGAUUGAAAAUAUUCAAAGGGCUGUUGAUUUCCAACAGUCCCAACGGAAGGAACCAACACUGUCUGGUCCUAUUUUAGAGGGUCUGAAGUAUGAAGUGUGCGGUUGCGGCGAUCUAAGGCUUCCAUGGUGGGUCUUCCAGUGUUUAGUCGUCUUUUUGAGCCUGAUAGUUGCAGGCUCUCUGUCCUAUACAGGUAUUAAGGGUCAGGAUCUCACUCCGAACCAAUCGUCGGAGUGGAUAGUCUGUGUACUUUUCGGCGUAGUCGCAGAAAUGAUCUUCUUCCAGCCUCUGAAAGUGAUACUGUGGGAGACUUGCCUGGCGUGGAUUAAAUUACGAAGUCCUGCUUAGAAGUCAUCAGUGAGAGCCAUACAAACACACUGUAACUAACAUAAAACUAACUGUGUCUUGUUAAAGAACAUGUAAGCAGUCCCACAACCAGAGUUCUCACACCCUUGUUCAUGCAGGAAGGUUUAUUGACUAUGAUCUCGAAACUGUCUUUGUAUCUUGGGUGUAAAACUAUCCUCUCUCUUUUUUCUUCAAUAUCAGCACACAAACUGUUUUUUUUUUGAAGUUUGUAUGUAUGGUUGUCGACCAAGAUGGAUGUUUGUAUGACGUCAUACGAAGUUAUUUCCAAUCUGGCGUUUUGUAGUUGUUUAAGUGUUAGAAGGAAUCAUUUCAGUUGGUCUGUGUAUCUCACAUCGGUGAUCAAAGAUGAACACGUCGCAGAGUGUAAGCCCUUGACUUAUGGAGUUCCAACUUCAAAUCCAGCUCUAGCUGACUCCGCUGCGGCUUACUAACGACAAAUGCCGCGAUACUGUCGUGUUUGCUUCUCGAGUUUGCCAUCGAAGACGUAAAAAACUAUUGAGUGAAACACCAUCCAACAAUAUUAAGAUUCUUGUAACAUAACUGAGCAGUGGACGACAGUCCUUUUCAGAAUAGCACAAGAAACUCGUAGCAUGUAGUCGGUGACUCAGUAUUCAAUUUGAUAAGCAGACAUAGCUUAUUAUCUCGCAGUUACGAGGAAAGACGAGGUACUAUGAAAUAGGAGAAAAGUGUCGGUGUCGGUGUCGGAGUAAGCUUCUGGUCAGCUAUUCAUUUUGCAUGAAUAAAGGUUUAUGUUUAUUUAGCUUUCAUUACAUCUUCGUGAUGAAUAUGCUCUGAAGAUGUAGACUUCUUGAUUAGACUGUCAUUUUAAGUGAAACACUAAUCGACGAGCUGCCGGGUUUCUCAUAACCCAUGUUUUAAAUUUAUUGACACUCAUCUUAUUAUGAGCUACACUAUCCCUGCGCGAGUCUUUUAAUUUAUUAUCUUAAAGCUACAUGUUCCGUUUUAUUAUCACGUCUUUUAUUAUUUUCCCAUGAAGCUCUUAGACCAUAAGCCAAAAAGAUUGCUAUAAUUGAUACAUAUUACAGUUGUUUGAUAUAUCGAUUCGGGAUUCGCCGUUCACGACUGCAUUUUGCUUGUACUUUCUAUUUAGGUAUUGGAUGAUACCAACUAAUUACUCAUGAAAUAAAAACAGUCUGUAAAACAGAUGAUAAACAUGCUUUUACAGCCA